AUGAAAUUCCUUCUGCUCACUGUUGGAUUGGCCCUCAUUGGCGCCAUCCAGGCUAUUGAAAACAUCCGCUCCAAGAAAGAUUUAGUGGUUGAAAAGCUUGUAGGGCCGUGGUAUCUCAGACAAGAAGUAAGGGCCAUGGAAUUCUCAAUCCCCUUGUUGGACAUGGACAUUAAGGAAGUGAACCUGACUCCUGAACGCAAUUUGGAAUUGGUUGUGUUAAAGAAGACUGACAGGUGUGUUGAGAAGAAGUUUCUUCUAAAGAAAACUGAGAAACCCGCUGAGUUUGAGAUCUACAUUCCUUCAGAGUCUGCCUCAUACACAUUCUCUGUGAUGGAAACUGAUUAUGACAACUACAUCCUCUUUUGCUUGGAGAACAUCAAUUCCCAGAAGAGAAUGGAAUGUGCUCACUAUGUCAGAAGAAUAGAGAAGGACAGCAAAGGCAUGGAAGAAUUCAAGAAAAUUCUCAGGACUUUGACUAUGCCCUAUACAGUGAUUGAAGUCCGUACCAGAGGGAAAGCAGAUGAAGCUAUCCCCCUCCAAGAUCACCUCUCAGAAUGGCAGAAGAUAUGGCAGUUUCCAUUCUGAAAUCACUAAUAUACUGAAAAUCAAGGAUACCAUUUGAUUCUUUCACUUUCUUCU